AUGGCUAGCAUCACAUCAUCCGCCUUCAGGCAGGCAGGUCGCCUUUGCCGCUAUACGCAGGUGCCGGGUGUUCCCUCACGAGGCAUUUCCUCAUUAUCAAGGGUGGCGGUUGCGCCAACCCACAGAUUAUCUCAGCAGCGCAGAUACGUCUCGGAAACGAAACGUGAUAAUGCACAGGUUAACAUCGAAACGGCCAUCAAGCUUGACAAGAAAGACUUCAUCGAUGUUGUCCCUCAGUCUCCCGAUGCUUCAAAUGUCAUGGUUAGCCCCAUGGCUGAGGUCCUGAAGCAAGUCACUACGAUGGAGGAGGGCCAGCGGCCCAUCUAUCUCGACAUGCAAGCCACGACUCCCGUCGACCCUCGCGUCCUCGAUGCCAUGUUACCGUUCAUGACUGGUAUCUACGGAAACCCACAUUCGAGAACGCACGCAUACGGAUGGGAAAGUGAGGAAGCGGUCGAGGAGGCUCGAGGCCACAUUGCGAAGCUUAUCGGUGCGGAUCCCAAGGAAAUUAUUUUCACGAGUGGCGCCACCGAGAGCAACAACAUGAGCAUCAAGGGAGUCGCAAGGUUCUUUGGCAGAUCUGGAAAGAAGAAGCACAUUGUCACUUCGCAGACGGAGCACAAGUGCGUUCUUGACAGCUGCCGCCAUCUUCAAGAUGAGGGCUUCGAAGUUACAUACCUCCCGGUCAAGAACUCUGGCUUGAUCGACAUGGAUGAGCUAGCUGCAGCGAUUCGUCCGGACACUGCCAUUGUCAGCAUUAUGUCUGUGAAUAACGAAAUCGGAGUUAUCCAGCCAUUGGAGGCCAUUGGAAAGCUUUGCCGCGAGAGGAAAACGUUCUUCCACACCGAUGCUGCACAAGCUGUCGGAAAGAUUCCCAUGGACGUCAACAAGAUGAACAUCGACUUGAUGUCUAUCUCCUCACACAAGAUCUACGGCCCCAAGGGCAUUGGAGCUUGCUACGUCCGCCGCCGGCCCAGAGUCAGACUUGACCCUAUUAUCAGCGGAGGCGGACAGGAGAGAGGUUUGCGAAGCGGUACUCUCGCACCGCCACUGAUUGCUGGCUUCGGCGAGGCGUGCCGCAUCGCCUACGAGGAAAUGGAGUACGACUCGAAGCGUAUCAAGUUCUUGUCUGACAGACUCCUCAAUGGCUUGUUGUCGCUGGAGCACACCACCCAGAACGGCGACCCUGAGCACUUCUACCCUGGAUGUGUCAACGUUUCGUUCGCCUAUGUUGAGGGCGAGUCUCUCCUGAUGGCCUUGAAGGACAUCGCGCUGUCUUCUGGCAGUGCCUGCACCUCUGCAUCACUGGAGCCCAGUUACGUUCUUCGUGCUUUGGGUAAUAGCGAUGAGAGCGCCCACAGCAGUAUCAGAUUCGGUAUUGGCCGUUUCACCACCGAGCAGGAGAUUGACUACGUUCUCAAGGCAGUCAAGGAGAGAGUCGACUUCUUGCGCGAGCUGAGCCCGCUUUGGGAGUUGGUGCAGGAGGGUGUUGACCUCAACACUAUCCAGUGGAGCCAGCACUAA